AGGAAAUCCUCCACCUGUCCAUGCCCCCGCACCGCCGAGCGCCUCCUCGCCCCCUUCCCCGGCCACGCAUCCGGUUCCCCUCCGAUGGACGCCGACGAGCCCGCCGCCACGCCCUCCGAACCGCCCACCUCCGAAGCCGACUUCUUCGACGUCCCCGAUGCCCUCCCCACUCCCCCUCCCCCUCCCUCACCCCACACCCCGUCCUCCUCCACCCUCCGCCGCCGCCCGCGCCGCGCCAAAAUCCUGACGCAGCCCGAUGACCCCGUCUCCCCCUCGGCCUCCGCCGCGUCCACCGUCACCGCGGUCGAUGAGCACGACAAGGACAAGGCCAGGCCCGAUUCCGAUUCCUCCGUCACCGUCACCGUCACCGCGGCCGAUGAGCCCGACAAGGACAAGGCCACGGCCAAGGCCAAGCCCGAUUCCGGUUCCGAUUCCGAUUCCUCCGAGGCCACCAGCGCGCCCCGUUCUCCCCCUCCCCUCCAGGAGGAGGUGGACCAGAAGGAUGCGGAGCCGGCGGCCCCCGAGGCGAAUGUGGACGAGAAGGAUUCGGAGCCGGCGGCCCCCGAGGCGGAGGUGGACGAGAAGGAUGCGGAGUCGGCGGCCCCCGAGGCGGAGGUGGACGAGAAGGAUGCGGAGUCGGCGGUCCCCGAGGAGGAAGUGGACGAGAAGGAUGCGGAGUCAGAGGCCGCGGCGCCGGAUUACAGGCCCACGGCGGCGCCGCCGGCCUUUCUCGAGUCCUUCGCCGUGUUCGUCAUCAAAGCCGUGCUGUUCCAGGUCAGCGCGCUCGUCGCCUGCCUCACGUUCCCCUUCCGGCUGCUGCAAUGGUGGUUCCUCUUCGUGACCGACCCGCUCGGCUCGGCGCAGCGGGCGAGGGAUUGGGCUCUCGGGGUGGUGGGGCAGGCCACCGGCGCGGUGGGCGCGUGGCUCGGAGCGGGGGACGGGGUUCCGCGCGUGGUGGCGAGGCUGCUGUGGGGGGCGCUCUGGGCCAUGUACGUCUGCGUGCUUCUGUGCGCGAUGCUCGCCAUGGCGUUCACGGCAGGGGGGGUCCUGGUGGGGAAAGUGGUGGAGGAGCCCGUUCAGGUGACGGAGAACCUGAAUUUCGAUUACACCAAGCCGAGCCCUGUGGCGUUUGUGCCGGUGGGGCGGCUGGUGCCGCCGCAACAGCGGAUGCAGCUCGAGGUGUUGCUGACGCUGCCCGAGUCGGAUUACAACAGGAGGCUUGGGGUUUUCCAGGUGAGGGCAGAGCUUCUAUCUGCAGAUGGGAAAGUGGUCACUGCUUCGAGCCAACCAUGCAUGCUAAAGUUCAAGAGCGUCCACAUGCAUUUCAUAGAAACCUUUUUCCAAGGUGUUUCUCUUUUGUCCGGCUAUUCAUCUGAAUCUCAGGUUAUCAAACUAAAAAUGACGGGCAUUAAGGAGGCUUUCAAGCCAAUAACAGGAGUAAGGAUAGUGCUCGAGCAACGAGCCGAGUUUGCCACUGGUGCAGGCAUCCCAGAGAUCUAUGACGCGUCGAUAAAGCUCGAGGCCGAGCUCCCUCUGCUCAAGAGAGUACUCUGGCACUGGAGAUGGACCAUGUUUGUGUGGAGCAGCAUGGCGGUCUUUGUCUUCGAACUGUUGCUCGCCGUCGUUUGUUGUAGGCCCUGUAUAUUUCCCAGGAGUUGACAUGGUGGGGUGUAGCUCCUCAGGGUAACUCAUGUAAUGUACACUUGAAAAUAAAUGUACAAGGGGGUGCCACUGUGUCAUGA